UUUCCGCACGGCCCGUGAACAAAGUAAACAAAUGUAUAAAUGCAUGUGUUUUUGGCGAGCUCGUAACUCUUAGUAAAGUGACGCGCAGAGCGACGACAUCAACAUUAAGCCCGUGAUUCGAGUUCCGCGAGGCUAGGCCCACGUAGAGCCCGGGCGAAAUAAACGUAAAUUCACGCAAUUACUUCGCAGUAAAAAAAGCAUCGGGUGCCAAUGAUCGCUACUACGCAAUAGAAAAUUAAUUUAUCAUACAAUUUCGCCACUGCAAGAAUUGAAAGUUUCGGGUUUUACUCCCUGCAAUAAAAGUGAUAAGAGCACGUUAACCCGUUCCCGUUACAGCUGAAUAACGCCGAGUCAUCGAUCACGACACAUAUUCCACCGAAAGUCACUGGACAUGAGCAGGCAGCAGUGACCGAAGAAUCCCAAGUUCCAGCACAGAGCAGCGCAUAAGUAGACGUAGAAAGGCAGCCGAAAAUGGCCACGAACAGCAGCUUCUUCGAUGCACACAUCGCCAUGAUAUACUCCAACCUGAUGGACCAGUACAUGCCCGAGUACUUCAAAAGCUUCGAGUACACGCCAUGGGUUUUCUCCCUGCUGGGAUCGGUGGUCAUUGGACUGAGUGGCAUAUUCCCGCUGAUUAUCAUUCCCACGGAGGAGAAAAUGGCUAAGGAGGGAUACAAAGAUCCUGCAGAUUCCAAACUCCUGCGAGUGCUUCUGAGUUUCGCAGUCGGCGGUCUGCUGGGCGAUGUGUUCCUCCACCUGUUGCCAGAAGCCUGGGAAGGCGAUAAUCAAGAUCCUUCUAGUCACCCAUCCCUGCGCUCGGGCCUUUGGGUCCUUUCCGGCAUACUGAUCUUCACGAUCGUGGAGAAAAUCUUCUCCGGUUAUGCCAGCGCGGACGAGGAGAACCCUCAGCCCAAGUGCGUGGAGAUAGCCAACUGCCUGUUGCGUCGACAUGGCGGCCAACUACCAGAGGGCGAAACCUCUGAGAGUUGUGGCGGCGCCUGCGACAUCGAAGAUGUAGGUAAAGUCUGUUUCCUACGCGAGCAGGAACAGAAGUCGAAGGAAAAGAAGGAGCAGCCGAAGAAGGUGGCUGGCUAUCUGAACCUUUUGGCCAACUCAAUAGACAAUUUCACACACGGUCUGGCCGUGGCUGGAUCCUUUUUGGUGUCCUUCAGACACGGUAUCCUAGCCACUUUUGCCAUAUUGCUUCAUGAAAUUCCGCACGAGGUGGGGGAUUUCGCAAUCCUGCUUCGAUCCGGAUUCAGUCGCUGGGACGCCGCGCGUGCGCAGCUACUCACGGCGGGAGCUGGCCUGCUCGGUGCUCUGGUGGCCAUCGGAGGUUCUGGCGUAACGUCGGCCAUGGAGGCACGUACUUCGUGGAUUAUGCCGUUCACUGCCGGCGGCUUUCUGCACAUUGCUCUGGUCACAGUAUUACCUGAUCUCUUGAAGGAGGAGGAGCGCAAGGAGUCCAUCAAGCAGCUGCUAGCACUGAUAUUUGGCAUUGCGUUAAUGGCCGUGAUGACCAUGCUAUUCGAACACUAGGAACUUUAGCUGACAGCAGUAUAAGAUUGUCAUUGGCAGUUUUAAAUUUACAUGAAUUUGUUGUACUUUAUGGGAUUCGACAUCCUGUCUGCGUUAUGUAAUUAUAGCCAAUAUGAAUGAUAUUUAAACUAUUAAUGAUUACGUAUUACUGUAUCAUACUUAUGAAACGAAAAUUCAAUAGACAUUUAAGGGAGAGUCCUUUGCCCUCCACUAUCCACGAA